AUGGCGGCCGCGGCGCUGCUGCUGCUGCUGUUCCUGCUGCCGCCGCUGGCGGCGCUGCUGAGGCGCGGCGCGGGCCGCUGGGGGGCGUUGCACCUGCUGCACCCGCAGGGGGCGCUGCACCUGAGCCGCCUGGCGCGGCGGCGCGGGCCGCUACUGCGCAUGCGCCUGGGGGGGCGCGACGUGCUGGUGCUGAGUUCGGUGGGGAUCAUACGGGAGGCGCUGGUCCGGCACUGUGGGGACUGGCUGGGGCGCCCCCCCAGUUACCUGGGGUCGCUGGUGUCGCAGGAGGGGCAGGACCUGGCGCUGGGGGCCCCGUGUCCCGGCUGGCGGCAGCAGCGGGGAGCGGUGCGGGGGGCGCUGGCACGGGCUGGGGCACAGCUCGGGCCCCUCCUUUGGCUGCAGGGCCGGGAGCUGUGUGAGGAGCUGCGUUCCCAUGGGGGGGCCCCCCUGGACCCUUUUGAGGUGUUCACGUUCCACACCUGCAGCACCAUCGCACGCCUUCUCUUCGGGGACCUGGUGCCCCCCCCAGGGGAACUCCGGGCCUUCUCCUGCUGCCUGGGGGAGCUGCUGCGGGUGUGGGGGUACAGCAGUGUGCAGGCUCUUGACCUGCUGCCCCCACUACGGGCCCUACCCAACCCGGGGCUGCGGAAGCUGCUGCGGCUUGUCCAGCACCGUGAUGCCUUCGUGGAGACACAGAUCCGGCGGCACCAGGAGUGUCCCUCCCCCCCCUCGGACACCGUGUUGGGGGCGUUGCUGGGGUGUCAUCCCGGAGCGCAGGGGGCUCCCCUGAGCCCCCCCCGGCUGCGCAUGGCGCUGGUUGACCUGUUCAUUGGGGGCACCGAGACCACAGCGGCUGCGCUGGGCUGGGCCGUGGCCUUCCUGCUGCACCGCCCCGAGCUGCAGGUGCGGCUGCGGGAGGAGCUGGGGGGGGUGCAGGGCCCCCCCGGGCCGGGGGACGUGGGGCGCCUGCCCCUCCUUCAGGCCACCGUCAGCGAGACCCUGCGGCUGCGGCCCCCUGCGCCCCUGGGGCUGCCCCACUGCGCCCUGCGCCACACCAGUCUUGGAGGGCUCCCCAUAGUGGCUGGCACCAUCCUGGUCCCCAACCUGCUGGCAGCCCAGCAGGACCCUGCCAUCUGGCAGCAACCUGAGGCCUUCCUGCCUGAGCGGUUCCUGUCCCCGGGUGCUCCCUGGCGGUCGCUGCUGCCGUUUGGCUGCGGGGCGCGAUCGUGCCCGGGAGAGGCGCUGGCGCGGGCCGAGCUCUUUGUGUUCCUGGGGCUGAUCCUGCGGGAAUUCCGGCUGGAGCCGGGCCCGGGGGGACUGCCUGAACUUGGGGGGUCUCCAGGCACCGUGCUGCGCUGCCCCCCCUUUCGUCUGCGCAUGGUGCCUUGCCAGACCCCGGGCUCACCAUAACCCUGGGCUGCGUGACUUCCUGAAUACUCUGUGAUCCACCCGACUCUUUCUGACCCUUCCUGAACACACCUGACCUAUAUGUGACCUCGACCCCUUGACUGACCCCACCUGACCCCGGCCUGUCCCUGACCCCUCCCUGGCCUGGCUGUGACCCUGGUCUGACCCCUGCCAGCCCUUGGCCUCACCUUGACACGACCCAGGCUGUGACUCGGCCCACCCCCUUCUGACCCAGCCUGAACCCUGCAUGACCCCAUCCCUACCCAUUCGACCCUUACUAAUCACACCUGAGUCCACCUGAUCCCCCCUGUCCCCUCCUGUCCCCUCCUGACCUCUGGGUCUCCCCAUUCAACACCCCAGCAGGGUCACUGCAGUGGGCGGUGUCACUGGCACCAUUUACCUCCUUCCAAUAAAAGUUACACUUUU